UUAAUUAGUGCGGCAAAGAAAAACAAAAUAAAAGAAAAAGAAAAAACAAAGGACCAAUACUAAACAGCGAAAAAAAGUCUUCUGUGUGUGUGUCUCUCUCUCUACAGCAAAACCAAAAAACCAAACAAAAUUUCUCCUUCUUCGUCUGCAGAGACUCUACCAAUGAAACAGACUCGCUUAUUGUGAACCGAAAAUCUAAAACACAGUGUUUGGGUCAAUUCCCUUCUCGUAAAACAUGCCGUCUCGGUUAAUCCCCACAGUUUCGGCGCCGACCCCUUCAAGCUCGGCCAAAGCCCCCCAUAACAGUCGUCUACUUCCGCCCCUGGCAGCUGCCACCGCCACUACCGCUGCUUUCUCAUUCCUCUUCUUCCUCGUCGUGUGCUUCCGUAAGAUCACCCGCAACCGAACCGCCCCCGAAGUCGACACAGUCUCGAAGCCACCUCACAGCCUCCCCUACUCCGUGCUACGCCGCGCCACCGACUCCUUUGCUGCCUCCCGCCGCCUUGGUCAAGGGGGAUUUGGCCCAGUUUUUUACGGUACGCUUCCUAAGACCAACCAAGAAAUUGCUGUCAAGGUCAUGGACUCUGGCUCCCUUCAGGGAGAGCGGGAGUUCCAGAACGAGCUCUUUUUCGCUGCCAUGCUCGACUCACGACAUGUCGUUUCGGUCCUCGGCUUCUCUUCGGAUAGGAAGCGUCGCCGGAUGUUAUUGGUUUACGAUUAUAUGCAUAAUGGGAAUUUGCAGGAUGCUCUGUUGCAUAGGAAGUGCCCUGAGUUGAUGGUGUGGAAUAAGAGGUUUUUGGUUGCGGUCGAUAUUGCCAAAGGGUUGGAAUAUCUUCACCGCUUGGAUCAACCCAUUAUUCAUGGAGAUAUUAAGCCUAGUAAUAUACUCUUGGACAAGUGCUUCUCGGCCAAGAUUGGGGAUUUUGGGCUCGCGAGGUUGAAAAUGGAUAUUCAAACUGAGAUAGUCGCUGUGGAUGGGUGUGAUGGAGUUAAGGCCAACGGUAGUAAUGGCGGUGGAGUGGAUGAUUACGGAUCCGUGGUUGAGGAGAUUGAGAGUGUAACUACUGGGUUUGAAGAUUCUAAUGUGGGUUUUGAUUUUUCACCAGAGGUUUGUGCAAAGGUUGAAACUUCUCCCGAGCCAGUAACGGAGUCUCCAGCGGGCUCUGGGUUAACAGAAGCGCCAGAGGGAUUCGAGAAAGGUAGCGUUUCAGAGGGUAAUGUCGAUAAGGUGGCCGAGGCCUCGCCGGAGCCUGUUCAGAAGUUGAACCCUUUGGAGAAACAGAGUGUGGAGAAAGAUUGGUGGUUGAAGCAGGGAAAGGAGAAUAAUGAUGGAGCUGUGAAAGACUAUGUGAUGGAGUGGAUUGGAACUGAGAUCAAUAACGAGAGGCCUAAGAUUGGAACGGCUUCUUCUAGCUUUGAUCCUCUCGGGAAAACUGAGAAGAAGAAAAAGAAGAGUAAUAGGAAGCAAUUGGAUUGGUGGAUAUCAAUGGAUGAAGAAAAGAGUGCCAAGAUUUUGAAGAAGAAGGAAAAGAGAAGGCCUGCGAGGGAGUGGUGGAAGGAGGAGUAUUGUGAAGAGCUAGCAAAGAAAAAGAAGAAAAGGAUGAAGCAACAACAGAAGGGAGCAGCGAGUUCGGUCGAUAAUGGUGACGAUUGGUGGUUGCAUGAUGAGGAAUUGUACUCGGAGAGAAAGAAGAGAAACAAGAGUAGGAGCAAGGGUAGUUUAGAUUGGUGGUUGGAUGGACUUAGCGGUGAACUCCGGCGAGGUUGGCGAAACGGUAGUCAUGACUCUGGUAGUGGAGAAAUCCCAAAGAGUGGUGGCUAUAGUAGUACUCCUAGUAUGAGGGGAACUGUGUGUUAUGUUGCCCCUGAAACGGGUUUUGGUGGUAAUCCAUCUGAGAAGUGUGAUGUCUAUAGUUUUGGGGUCUCAUUACUAGUCCUUAUAGCUGGGAGGCGCCCUCUUCAGGUUACAAACUCACCUAUGUCUGAAUACCAACGUGCAAAUCUUUUGUCAUGGGCUCGUCAUCUUGCUCGAGCUGGAAAACUUAUUGAUCUUGUUGAUAAGUCUAUUCAAUCUUUGGAUCGAGAACAAGCUCUCCUUUGUAUUAAAGUUGCAUUACUCUGUUUACAGAAGAUACCAGCUCGCAGGCCUUCAAUGAAGGAGGUUGUGGGAAUGCUAACUGGGGAAUUGGAAUUGCCCCAGCUACCUGCUGAUUUAUCCCCUUCACCUCCCCAGUCUAGGUUCCCUUUCAAGACUCAUAAAAAGGUUCGGUGAGUUUUCUGAUGUCUAGUUCGGAUGUCUUGUUUUAUUUUUUUAAUGUUAACUGUAGAUUCAAUACUGAUUUAAAGAAUUGUCCAUCAGUCCAUUUUUGUGGAUGAUUUGUGUAGAGGAAAAAUAUUGAAAAGGAAAAGAAGAUGAUAGUUUACAUUUUACA